AUGUACAUUACUCGAGGAAACUUCCACAGUGUGUUUGAAGAUAUCAAGAAGUCCUCUCUCAGUCAUUCUACUUGUAAAUUGGUUGUGUUUGUAUCAUGUUUAAACAUUGAUGCUCUUUGUGCUGCUAAAAUAUUGACAUAUGUGCUCAAGAAGGAGUUGAUACAGUACCAAGUGAUACCGAUUGUUGGUUAUACAGAGUUGAAGAAUCAUUAUGAGAAGUUAGAUGGUGAUAUAUCGAAUAUAAUAUUACUUGGAUGUGGUGCUAUGGUAGAUUUAGAAAGUUUCUUCGAAAUUGAUCCAAAUGAAUUCAUGCAAGUUGAAGAUAAUCUCGAUGGUGAUAUACCAAAACCAAGUAGGAAGAUUUAUGUUGUUGAUGGUCAUAAACCAUGGAAUCUUGAUAAUGUUUUCGGAUCACAUAUAAUAACAUGUCUUGAUGAUGGCUAUAUUGAUAAAGAAUUAGAUAAUGAAAGAAAAGCAUAUGAAGAAUUGAUAAACUUACAAGGUGAUGAAGACGAAGAAGAAGAAGAUACAGAUGAUGAUAGUGAUGAAGACACAGAUGAGGAUAAAGAUGAAGAUGAGAAAGAUGAAGAUGAAGAUGAGGAAGAAGAAGAAGAAGGUAAUGAAAGUGAUAGUUCAGAAUCAAGAAAAAGAAAGCAUAAAUCAGAGCAUAAAAUCAGAAAGAGAAAAAUAAAACAAAAUGAAAGAAUAUUAGAAGAAUAUUACUCACAAGGUACUACAAUCUCAAUAUCAGUUUCCCUGCAAAUAUAUACAUUAUUAUCAGAAAUUGGUGAAACAAAUACAGAAAAUUUAUGGUUAACAAUCAUUGGUACAAUUUCUCUCGAUAAUCAAUACCCAGAAGUUUAUAAUUCGACAUUUAAAUCCCUUAAAAGUGAAGUUAAUAGAUUAAACCCAACAUCAUUAAAUACCAAAAAUGCAGAUUCCCUUACAUUAACCAUUGAUACAGAUUAUUAUUUAUUUUUACUACGACAUUGGACAUUAUACGAUAGUUUUUUCUAUUCAAAUUAUGUUAAUGCAAAAUUAUCUAUGUGGCAAGAAGAUGGCCGUAAGAAAUUACACAAGAUGUUUGCAAGAAUGGGUAUUUCAUUACAAGAUUCCAAACAAAAUUGGCUUUAUAUGAACAGUGAUAUAAAGAAAAAUUUAAAUUCUACAUUUAAUAGAGUCUUGGGGAUUUAUGGAUUAGAAGAUUUAAUUAGAGAAGGGUUUUUGAGAACUUUUGGAUUUAGAGGUUCAAUAUCAGCAAGUGAAUGUGUUGAAUCUAUUACUGCAUUAUUAGAACAUGAUAAAACUAAGAUUGAAUAUUCUGAAGAUGAAGAAAUUAAUGAUCUAAUUACCAAGAAGGAAAAAGUUUGGAUCAAUAAUUUUUGGUCAAGUUGGGAUGCAUUAGAUAAUAAUAUUGAUCUUAUUGCAAAAGGUCUUGAACAUGCAAAAGAUUAUCAAAAAAUUAUAUUUGAAACCGGUACAGCAAUUCUAGAGAAAAGAAUGUUAAAAAAUUUAAAAGUUUAUAGAUUAGUUGUUUUAAAAGAUGGACCAGAUAUUGAAUAUUUUAAAAAUCCAUUAAUUUUAACAAGAUUAGGGAAUUGGAUUUUAGAAAGUUGUGCAGAAUUUGAUAGAAAUUUGUUACCAUUAGUUCUUGCUGCAUUAGAUGAAAGAACAGAUACAUAUUUAGUUAUCGGUUUAGCACCACGUUAUCCAAGAGGUCGUAAAAAUUUAGAAGAUUUAAGUCAUGAUACAACUUUAUUGAAUACUUUUAGUAUAGCAUUCCAACAAGUUGCAAAUAAUACCGGUGCAAAAGUUAGAAUUGAUAGUUUUGAAAGUUCAAUUAUUGAAAUUAGAAAAGAAGAUUUAGCACCAUUUUUAGAGAGAUUAUCUUUAAGUGGUCUCAUUUAA